AUGCGGCAACAUCUUAAUUCUCUAAUCUUGAGAGGUGGUCGUCUACUCCAACAAUUUUUUGUGGAAAAUUGUGUCAAAUUACAAGCCAAUAAUUUGAGGUUGAUUUCACUCAACCAAGAUAAAAUACGUGCUGAUCUAUACAAGGGUUUAGAGGAUUCUUUAAAUGCUGGAGAGCAUAACACAGAAAAUGUUGGACGACGGGCCAUACUACCAUCUUCAUUCGUAGGAAGUCCAAGAGAUAUGCACCUGAGGUAUCAAGAUGCCAUGGCAUUGGUUCAUAAGUUUGGAAAACCCGGUAUAUUUCUUACAAUGACAUGCAAUCUGUCUUGGCCAGAGACACAAUCAGAGUUGUUGGCCGGACAAGUUCCAAAUGAUCGACCAGACCUGUUGACAAGGGUUUUUCAUGCUAAACUUGAAGAGUUGAAAAAGGAUGUUCUAGAAAGGGGUAUCCUCAGAAUGGUUGUUCCUUAUGUAUAUGUGAUUGAAUUCCAAAAGAGGAGUCUUCCCCAUGUUCAUAUGUUAUUGAUUCUCGAUCAAAAUGACAAGCUAACCACUCCAGACGGCUUUGACAAGUUUGUGAGAGCAGGAGUUGUGAGAAAGGAUUUCCCUAAGGAAUUCUCCAAUGAUAAGAAGCAAGCCAAUGACUCAUAUCCUCUUUACCGUCGUCCACAAAAUCGUCCAGCAUUAACAUUGCGUGAGAAUUCACGAAUACAUGUAGAUAAUCGAUGGGUAGUCCCUUAUAAUCCAUUUUUUCUCAUGAAGUAUGAUUUCCACAUCAAUAUUGAGAUAUGCAGCGGCAUUAAGUGUGUCAAUUAUAUAUGUAAUUACAUCCAUAAGGGUUCAGAUAAAGUUUCAAUGGAAGUUCAUAACGGAGAUGAGAUUGCACAAUAUGUCGAUGCACGAUGCAUUUGUGCACCCGAAGCUAUGUGGAAACUUUACAAAUUUUCCAUGACUAGAAUAUAUCCUGCCGUAGAUCGUUUGCAGGUUCAUUUACCAAACAUGCAUCAAGUGAGGUUCGAAGCGAACCAACCAAUCUCAAACGUGUUAGGGAACCCAAGAAACUCUAAGACGAUGCUCACUGAAUUUUUCAAGAUGAAUUCAAUUGAUCCAAAUGCAAGGAAGUAUCUUUAUCGAGACUUUCUAGAGCAUUACAGAUGGUUAGCGACUUCAUGUGAAUGGUAG